GAAUUGGACAGCUGUACAUGAUAAGCAAGCAUAGCCAUGAGCAGAGUGACCGAGGUGAAGGUGUGGAAGUGGUGCAGAAUGAACCCUAUGAAGAUCCAAACCAUGGCAAUGGUCAGCUAACAGAGAAACGGGUCUAUCUCAACAGCAAAUUGCCUAGCUGGGCUAGAGCAGUUGUUCCCAAAAUAUUUUAUGUUACAGAGAAGGCUUGGAAUUAUUAUCCUUAUACAAUCACAGAAUACACAUGUUCAUUUUUGCCUAAAUUCUCCAUUCAUAUAGAGACAAAAUACGAGGACAACAAAGGAAGCAAUGACAGUAUUUUUGACAAAGAAGCUAAAGAUCUGGAGCGAGAAGUCUGCUUUAUUGAUAUUGCCAGCGAUGAACUUCCUGAGCGCUAUUAUAAGGAAUCAGAGGAUCCUAAAUAUUUCAAGUCACAGAAGACUGGGAGAGGCCAAUUAAAAGAAGGCUGGAGAGAGACCCAUCAGCCAAUUAUGUGUUCCUACAAACUUGUGACUGUGAAAUUUGAAGUCUGGGGACUUCAAACCAGAGUAGAGCAAUUUGUACACAAGGUGGUCAGAGAUAUACUAUUGAUCGGUCACCGGCAGGCUUUUGCCUGGGUUGAUGAGUGGUAUGAUAUGACUAUGGAUGAUGUUCGAGAAUACGAGAAAAAUAUGCAUGAAAAAACCAACAUUAAAGUUUGCAAUCAACAUUCAUCUACUGUGGAUGAAAUAGAGAGCCAUGCCAAAGCAAGAACAUGACAAUGGAUGAAGUCCGAGAGUUUGAACGAGCAACUCAGGAAGCUACCAACAAGAAGAUUGGGAUUUUCCCACCUGCAAUAUCUAUCUCUAACAUUUCCAUGCCUUCUUCAACCCGCAGUGCUCCAUCUAGUGCUCCAUCAACUCCUCUCUCCACAGAUGCUCCUGAAUUCCUAACAGUUCCCAAAGAUCGGCCUCGGAAAAAGUCUGCUCCAGAAACUCUCACUCUUCCAGAUCCAGUGAAAAAAAACCUUUAAAUUAACCCAGCAUGUUUCCUCCUGAUAAGCCAUGUCUACCACAGCAAGAGUGACACAACUCAAUUUCUACAAAGGUCAUGGUGGUUUGUUGGUUUGUUUUUUGCUUAAAAUAAUGUUACUGGUGUGGAAAGAUUACUUCUUUCCUCAGACUUGAUCCUUAAAACCUUC